AUGGCUGAUUGGCGCAUAUACUCGUGUGUACAGCGGAAUGUGGGGCUCGUGGAUCACAGGAGGGACUUGGUCUAGGGAAGUGUUUUAUUCAGGCGAUUCAAGGUGAUUCUAAUUAAGGAUUCAAGCGAUCGGGGUACCUGUUUUUCAUCUUUCCCUUCUUUGUAAAUCAUGUGAUUUUGAACAUGAGUAUCUAUCACGACGAAGUGGAAAUCGAAGACUUUGAAUAUGACGAGGAAGAGGAGAUGUACUACUACCCAUGCCCUUGUGGCGAUAGGUUUCAAAUAUCGAAGGAAGAGCUGAUAGCCGGUGAGGAGACAGCCACUUGUCCCAGCUGUUCAUUGAUAGUCAAAGUUAUCUAUGAUCCGGACAUGUUCCAAGCGGAAGAGGACGAAGAAACCAUAUUAAAUGAAAAAUUAAGUGAUUUGAAAUUGGAGAAAAAUUGAGUGCUAAUUUAGAUUAAAAGAAAUCCUUCCUUAGAAUAUUUUAAGUUUAUAACUUUUAUUGGUUUUUCUAAUAAAGAAUAUUUACUACGUGAA